AUGAAGUCUUUUGUUGCCAUCUCCCUCAUCUCGGGAGCCAGCGCCUUCCCAUGGGUCGCCAACGUCCCAGGCGUUGACUCUUCGGCACUCUCUGCUGUUCAAAGACGUCAGCAAAACCCACAGCCAGGUGGUCCAGGUUCUCCAGAGACUUGCCCAUUCAACGCACAGCACGUCAAUGCUGUCCCUGUCCGCGAAGGCUGGUACAACAACGCACGCAAUGGCCGCAAGGGUAACGAGCGUGGAGGCUACCAAGUCCCACGACCAGACGACCCAGACCACCAGUUUAUUGCACCCCGACCUGGUCGCGAUAUCCGUGGUCCAUGCCCUGGCUUGAACACUGCUGCCAACCACGGUUUCUUGGCCCGUGAUGGUAUCACCACAUUCAACGAGCUCGUCGACGCACAACAGAACGUCUACAACGUUGGCCACGAUCUCUCUCUUCUCCUUGCUUUCCUCGGUCUCCAGGCCGAUGGUGAUCUCGUCACCACUAAGCUCUCCAUUGGUUGCGAUGCCACUACUCGCACAUCCGUCGCUCCAAUCUUGACCGGUAGCCAGCCAGGUCUUGCUGGCCACAACAAGUUUGAGGCUGAUACCUCGCUCACCCGUAACGAUUUCUUCACCGGUGGCGGUGACAACUUCAGCUUCAACCGCACGUUGUACGACAUGAUGGCAGCCUCCACUGGCGGCCUCCACAAUGUCGAAAACCUUGCCAAAUACCGUGGCGAGCGUUGGGAUCAGUCCGUUGAGGAGAACCCCAACUUCUUCUUCGGCCCACUCUCCCUCCUUCUCUUCGGUGCCGCCUCUUUCCUCUACGAGCUCUUCCCAUCCGGACCAAACUACAUCCCCGACCAAGCCACCAUGGAGGCCUUCUUCGUGCGCGAACAACUCCCAGCCAACUGGAUCAACCGUGUCGAGCCAUACACCAACCGCCUCGUCACCCAAGAGAUCCUCAAGAUGUACCUCCUCAAUCCACGUCCCUUCGGUGGCAACACUGCCGAUGGAUCAUUCAAUGCUAUCAACUGGCGCGCUAUCCAGAACGGCGAAUUGCAGCUUGGCGUCGAAGCUCCAGAAGUUCUCUGCUUGCUGUACCAACUCGGUACCCAGUCGAUCCCAUCGACGCUCAACGGCAUCGUUACUCCGGCUGUUGAGGCUAUUGCAUUCUUCCUUACUCGUGUGCAGCCUGCGUUUGAUAACCUUGGUUGCCCAAGGCCGCUUACUAAGUAAGCGUGACUCUUCUCAGAGAAAGAUGCUAUAUGAUCGAAAAGAAUCGCAUGAAUGGUGCAGCAAAUGCAAUGAGAAUUGCCUGCUGAAGAGAUGGAAAGCACUGUGUUCGAAUCGAGAGUGUCUUUAGCGACUGCUUUUGCGGAGAUGAAAAAUGAACUUUCGAGAAAGCAUUCUCGUCUUGCCCUCACUCCUCUCUCCCCACGUCCUCCCG